AUGUACUGCAACAGAAGCAUGAACACUAGCACAAGCAGAAGGAGCAGCAUGAUGGGAAGCAAGUUUAGUAUUCUGCAUGUUACAUUGAGCAGUUGUGUGGUUGUUGAGGAUGGAAGGGUCAUUGCUUCAGGGAGAAACCGAACUACUGAGACACGAAAUGCUACAAGACAUGCAGAGAUGGAAGCCAUCGAUGUUCUUCUUGAACAGUGGCAAAUUAAUGGACUGUCAGAAUCAGAAGUUGCACAGAAGUUUUCAAGAUGUGACCUCUAUGUUACAUGUGAACCCUGUAUAAUGUGUGCAACAGCGUUAUCAAUACUUGGAAUAAAUGCAGUAUAUUAUGGCUGUUCUAAUGAUAAGUUUGGGGGUUGUGGAUCAGUCUUAUCUUUACAUUCAAAUUGCUCAGAGAACCUUUUCAGAGAUGUAUUUUCACAAGGGAAGGCUUUUAAAUGCACUGGAUCAGUUAUGGCAUCAGAAGCCAUCUCUCUUUUCCGAAGUUUCUAUGAGCAAGGGAACCCCAAUGCUCCAAAACCUCAUAGGCCGGUUCAGGCAUCACAAAGAGCUUAGGAAAGAAGGAAGCAGGAUAAGAGAGCAUCAAAAUUGGUUGAGCUAAUCCCAGCCAACCUUUGGGCCAUUGGAAUGCUCUAGCAUCAGGGAACUCAAUCACUAAUUUUAGACCAUCAGUUUGUAUCAAUUCAAAGUCGAUACCGAGAUACCCAUGUAGACCUAAUAGCCUCAAACACUUUGGGCCCCAUAGCCUCUUAACUGUCUUUCUGAAUUAACCCACAAAUUCAAGUGGUGAAAUACAAGACAUCGUACCCGUAGCACACGAUUAUUGAGUCAGAAGGGGAGUGGGGAAUUCCAAUAAUUGCCAUUAUUGUUGUGCACAUCUUGUGCUCUAUCAAACAAGUUGUUGAGAUUCUAUUCUUUUACACUUUGUCUUGAGCAUAUACCUUGUAUGCCAAUGAAGACUCUUUUUAGUUACAAGAACAGGAGAAAGGGGUCCAGUAAUGUGUCGGUACCUUGUUCUGUUCUUUUGAUAGUGCCAUUAGACAUUAAAUUUAAUCACUUUGAAACA